UCAAGCUGAAGGGCCACUGGAAAAGAUCACACGUAGUAGUACGUCACGUAGAUCCGGGCAGUCAUGGAGUCUCCUCAAUCGGGCCUUGUUGCAGGCGAUCCCAGCAAGCAAUGGGAGUGGCAUGAGGCCUACAGAGAUCUCUUCAAGAACAUGUACCGCACCACCUACUCUGACAUGUCCCAUGGCAGGGAGACCUAUGUGAGGAGUGACCUCCCUGCUGGCUAUGGUGGCCACAUCCCGUCCAUCCGCUUUGAUGUCCUUCAUCGCAAUACGGCUUUUGACAGGAAGAUGGCUUUGCUUCGAACCGAUCCCAGCCGUGAUGCGAUGCCUUCUUUCAAGUCAAACUUGGAUGGAGUUCCAUGGUACACCAAGCACCCCUGCGGUGCUAGAAAGAACCCGACUAAAGGUGUUGUUCCCCACAACGGCACGACGACCAUGCUGAAGCCACCAUGGGGCAUUCUGACCGGAAAGCGCGAUCCACUGAACUAUCGAGCAGUGCCAGCAACCAUGAAACGUGCUUUGUCUUCGCCAGCCGUGGGGGAACGUUCCAAUGUCGCUGCUCGAAACGCGGGCUCCCUGAUGACCGAGUCCAGCAGUGCAGCACAGCUGGAGAUGCCGAAAGCUGCAGAUUCUCCCAAACCGAAUAUGCGCUGGGCUGACGAAAGCCAGGAUGAGAUGGGCCAAUCGCAGAUGCUGGAGCAGAGUACGGACAUUUGAUGCUCAGGGUGAAUCCGACUGGCCUUUCCAUGGGAUGAAAGCCACCCAUGGCACAGUGGUGAAACUGAUUCAGUUCAGGGCUUUGCAGCUCCAGUGCAGGCAUGAACUGAUACAUGUGCAAACC